GGGUGGAGGAAGGGGAGGAGGAGGAGGAGGCGAAGGCCGGUGCGGGGGGGAUUUAAGGGCUCGCUGUCCCCCCGGGCCGGCCUCCUCCCGCCGCCCAGGAGGGACGUGGGUGUCGGGACCCAACUUUGUGCGGCUCUCUCCUACCCAGCGCCCGCAGGAUGAAGGCUCUCCUCCUCCUCCUCCUCCUCCUCCUCGCCCAGCUCUGCUCGGCGCAGCUGGUCCCGGAGAGGGAGAAGGACCCCGAGUACUGGCGGGGGCAGGCGCAGGAGACCCUGCGGGACGCCCUGCGGCUCCAGCGCCUCAACCAGAACGUGGCCAAGAACCUCAUCCUCUUCCUGGGCGACGGGAUGGGCGUCUCCACCGUCACGGCCGCCCGCAUCCUCAAAGGGCAGCUGCAGAACCGCAAGGGCGAGGAGAGCCUGCUGGAGAUGGACAAGUUCCCCUACGUCGCCUUGGCCAAGACCUACAACACCAACGCGCAGGUGCCCGACAGCGCGGGCACGGCCACCGCCUACCUCUGCGGCGUCAAAGCCAACGAGGGGACGGUGGGCGUCAGCGCCGGCGUCACCCGUGACCGCUGCAACACCACCAAGGGCCAGGAGGUGACCUCCAUCCUCCGCUGGGCCAAGGAUGCAGGCAAGGCGGUGGGCAUCGUCACCACCACGCGGGUGACCCACGCGACACCCAGCGCUGCCUACGCCCACUCCGCCAACCGCGACUGGUACUCGGAUGGAGAGAUGCCCCCCGAUGCGCUGGAGGGUGGCUGCAAGGACAUCGCCCGGCAGCUGGUGGAGAACAUUCCCGACAUUGAGGUGAUCUUGGGCGGCGGGCGGAAAUACAUGUUCCCCAAAAAUGCCAGCGACGUGGAGUACCCCCACGAGGACAAGCAUCGGGGAACCCGCCUGGACCGCAGGGACCUCGUGCAGGCCUGGCACGAUGCCAAGCCCCCCGGCAAGGUGGCCAGGUACGUGUGGCACCGGCGGGACCUGCUGGCGCUCAACCUCAGCCGCGUCGACUUCCUCCUGGGCCUCUUCGAGCCGGGUGACAUGGUGUACGAGCUGGAUAGGAAUAACGAGACGGACCCGUCCCUCACCGAGAUGGUGGCUGUAGCCAUCAGGAUGCUCCAGAAAAAUCCCCGGGGGUUUUUCCUCCUGGUUGAAGGGGGCCGCAUCGACCACGGGCACCACGAGGGGAAGGCGAAGCAGGCGCUGCACGAGGCGGUGGAGCUGGACCGGGCCAUCGGGCUGGCCGCCCGCCUCACCUCGCCCCGCGACACCCUCAGCGUCGUCACCGCCGACCACUCGCACGUCUUCACCUUCGGCGGCUACACCCCGCGUGGCAACCCCAUCUUCGGUCUGGCCCCCAUGCAGAGCGACGUGGACCGCAAACCCUUCACCUCCAUCCUCUACGGCAACGGCCCCGGCUAUAAAAUCGUGGCGGGCGAACGAGAAAACGUCUCCGCCGUGGAUUUCGCGCACGCCGACUACCAGGCCCAAUCGGCCGUGCCGCUGCGCCAGGAGACCCACGGCGGCGAAGACGUGGCGGUUUUCGCCCGCGGCCCCAUGGCCCACCUCCUCCACGGGGUCCACGAGCAAAACUACAUCCCCCACGCCAUGGCUUACGCCGCCUGCAUCGGUGCCAACCGAGCCCACUGCAGCAACGCCGCCGCCGCCCGCCCGGCCACCGCCGCCAUCGCCCUCCUCCUGCCCUUCCUCGCCCUCCUCUUCCUCCUCUCCUAAAGCGCCUCUCGCUCGCAAGAAGCCACGGAGUGGGGGGGGGGGAUUUAUUUUUAAUUCCUUCCCCCCCAACACAACACACCCCCCCCCCCUUUUUUUUUUUUUGUUUUUUGUUUUCAUCCCCCCGUUGUUUCUUUUUUUGGGGUAGCAGCGCCCGGGAAAGAGGGGAGAAAGAGAGAGAGGGGGGUGUUGGGGGGGGCGGGGGGGGGGGAGAGAAAGACUCAGCGGAGCAAAAGCAGCCGCCGGUGGUUUGGUGCCGGGAGCUGCCUCUGUAAAUACACGGUUCCUUCCCCUGUAAUUACCAUCCCCUGCCUUGUCCCAUCCCGAACCCGCCGCGGGAUUUGGGAUGGGAGCCGGAGCCUCGGCGGAUAAAACCCCCCCCCUCUUUGAGCAAAAGAGGGGAGAAAAAAAAAAACCCCACCACACCAAAAAAAAAACAAACCCCAAAAACAAAAAAAACAGAAAAACCAAAACCACGCCGCGGGGACUGGCUCCCAAAAACGCCUCCCGCUCCCUUCGGCUGAGGACUGACCCUGGCGCCCAACUCGUCACAUGCGCGGGCACCCAGAAACCAC